AUGGCAUUGAUAUUAACCAACGAAAAUGUAUUAGUUUAUAGUGGCGAAGAGGAUAUGGCUACAACUUUGAAUACUACUAUGCUGUACAAUUCAUCAUCCGGAUCAUGGACACUUACAGAUGAUAUGCUAAUUGUUGAGGAAAAUGAGUAUUUUUCAUCAUGGGACAAAUUUUCAUUUAAUUUAUUCAUUCAACUCGGUCAGCGACAAUGCCAAAUAAGAAACGACAACAAGGUACGGAUCUCAGCUCGAAAUAAUACAAAACAAACCACAAAUGAUGUACACGAAGUUUCUACUCCAGUCUCUUCACCCUCAGUCGCUGAAUCAGAAUUAACCACUGACUCGACGAAUAAAGUUGAACUCCCCGUCACAACAAAUACGACAUGUCAACCGUCAACUGUUCCUAAACCAGCAUGGGGUCCUCGUCAAGAAGCACCUCAAAAUAUUACAAUACCAAAACCGGUUUGGGGAUCAAGACAGCAGCCAUCUGCCAUACCCAAAUCAACAGCUGAUUCUUCAACGAGAACUUCCAAUCGAAUCGAACGUUCCUACAGUGUUGUUCCAACAACGGCUCAGUCAACAGGAAAUCCAUCGAGAGAGUCUCGUAGUCAAAGCGUUAUAUCCACACGACGUCGACGAUAUAUUUGUUCAGCAGUUCCUGAUAGUGCCGUAUUAACACCAAUUCAUCGACCAGAUAAUGGUGGAACAAACGGAACUGAGGUUUUGGUUUAUACGAAUCAUUUCAAAGUCGAUAUGGACGAUGCGAUUAUUAAUCAAUAUGAUGUCGAUAUUCUUUCGAUAGACAAUCGAGGAAUAACACGAUCUGCACGAAAAGAUGAACGAUGGGAAGUUGUUAAAAAAAUCGUUCAAGAAAAUGAAAAUUUCCCUAUGGUUUGGUAUGAUGAAGGUAAAACAUUGUAUACACGAAGUUUAUUGACGGAUUUUACUAAACCGAUUGAAAUCAAUAUGAAAAGAGGCGAUGAAACAAAAAAAUACCAAUUAGUUAUUAUUAAUCUUGUUCGACAAGAUAAAAUUUCGAAUAUAUUCGAUUUUAUCGAGAAGAAAACAACAACUCGACCACGUGAUACAAUCAGAAUUAUUGAGACACUUUUUAAACAACGUGCAAGAAAUGAUCUCAUUUGUGUUCGAAACCAAUUUUACAAUCGAAAUCAAAUACUAGACGAUCUCCAUGAUGGUCGUGGAAUGGCCAAAGGUUUCUAUCAAGCCUUAUUUUUAACUCGAUGUGGACCAACGUUAAAUGUUAAUCUGACAUUCACUUGUUUUUAUAUACCAUUGAAAUUCGUCGAUUUUGCUUGUAAAUAUCUACGAAAAGAUAUUACGAGAAAUUUUACUGAACACGAAGGAAAAUUAUUUCAAAAAAUUCUUCGAGAUUUACUGGUUGAAACAGAACAUACAGGUCGAAAAAUUCGUUAUAAAUUCCGUCGAUUUGGUCUUCCUGCAAAUCAAUUGAUGUUCACUGUCGGUGAUGAAAAUGAAAAUUCUUUAGCUCAAAAGAUCAGCGUUGAAGAUUAUUUCAAACAAAAGUAUCAUAUGCAACUACAAUAUCCACAUUUACCAUGUAUUGAUGCAACUAACGGAACCAAUAGACGAGCGAAUUGGUUGCCAAUGGAAGUUGCCAGUAUUGUGGAAUGGCAAAGAUCACUGAAACCAUUAGAUGCAACACAACGAGCAUUGGUUUCGGGUAAAUCGAUCAUAAAACCCUUAGAACGAUAUAAUCAAAUAAUGAGUAUAAUGAAUUCGCGUGAUUUUGACAAUGAUGUUUAUUUGAAAGAAUUGAAUAUUCGUGUACAAAAACAAGAAAUGCUUUCGGUCAAAGCUCGAAUACUUAAAGCACCAACGAUUCAAUAUCGCGGACCAAAACAACAAGAUAUUAUCGAAUCCGUCAAUGUUGGUAAAUGGAGAAUUAGGAAUUGGUUUUACAAAACAACAGAGAUUUAUUCCUGGGGAGCGAUUUAUUUCGGUUCAAAACCACCGGAUAACGCAACAAAAGAGAUUCUCAAUAACUUUGUCGGACAAUUUCCUGAAUUACUCAAACGCAAAGGUUUCGUCAUUCGAUCAAAAUUCGAUUUACGACUUGAGCCCGAUCGAAAACAAAAUAUCGAACGAGUUUUAACGGAUGCGAGUCAAAAUCGGUGGCAAUUGGCUGUGAUUAUUCUCGAUACAACUAUCGAUCAAGUUUAUGAUUAUGUUAAACAAUUAGGAAAUCAACAAUUAGGACUUCGAACACAAUGCAUCGAUAUGAAUGCAUUGAAAAAGAACACAAAUAAUUUCUCGAUGUAUGUGGACAAUUUAAGUCAGAAAAUUAAUGGAAAAUUAGGUGGAAUUAAUAGUUUUGUGAAUACAAAACUUGCGUUAAGUCGAUCAUCGAAAGAAGAUGUGUUUAUGUUCUUUGGAGCAGAUGUUACUCAUUCAACAUGUUCGACGGAUCGACCAUCGAUUGCAGCUGUUGUUGCUUCACGUGAUCCAACAAAUACUCUUUAUGCUGCUCGACUGUGUGAACAAUAUCCGAAAAAAGGUCGUUGUUCAUUGGAAAUUAUCAAAGAAUUGGAUCAAAUGGUUGCGGAUUUAUUACGUUUAUUUGCACGUACAUGUGGUGGACGUCUUCCGAAUAAAAUUGUUUUCUACCGUGAUGGUGUUGAUGAAGGACAAUAUCAAAAAGUAUUAGAUAACGAAGUGAACAAAAUCAAACAUGCGUGUCGAAUUGUUUACGGUGCCAAUCCAUUACCGAAAUUGACUUUUAUUGUAGUCAAGAAACGACAUAAUACACGUUUUUUUCUUUAUCAAGACGGGAAAACGUUGAAUGUUGAAGCAGGAACAGUAAUUGAUCAAGGAAUAACUCAUCCAUCACAAUUUGAUUUUUAUCUUUGUUCACAAGCAGCGAUAAUGGGUACAUCUCGACCAACACUUUAUCAUGUUCUUCACGAUGAUAUUGGAUUUAAUAGUGAUGAUUUACAACAAUUAACAUAUUGGUUAUGUCACACAGAUAUGCGUUGUACGAAAUCAGUUUCCAUUCCAGCACCUGUUCAUUAUGCGCAUCUAGCAGCGUAUGGAUCACGUUCGUUGAAAUUUGAAGAUGAUCGAGAUUCAGAAGGUUCGAUGAUUGAUGGUGAUGAUGAUGAUGAACCUCAAACAUAUUCACUUGACGAUAUUCGAACACAACUGAUGAUUCUUGAUCCGAAAGUGGCUGAUGAUAUGUGGUUUAUCUAA